AUGUCCGUGACACAGUCUUCCACUACUGUGAUUGAGCCAAUUGCGCUCCAGUCGCUUGCCGCAACCCCUGAACCUAGUGUGCUGGCACCGGAGACUGAAGCUAAAGGCCGUCGACUUGAGUCUGCCCAUGACAUCACUACGGCUCCUGAAGACCCUUUGCCCUCGGAUCACAAUGUUACUACGCUUGAGAGCUGGAACAAUCCUCGAUCGAACAUAUAUCGGAUUGGGGGCUCAUACUGGAGUCUGUUGGUGACUGGCGCGAAUGAUGCCGCCUACGGUGCCUUGAUUCCAUAUCUGGAAACAUACUACAAACUCGACUACCUCGUUGUGUCCUUGGUGUUCCUCUCCCCCUUUGUCGGCUACAUUCUCGCUGCCACUUGUAACAACCACAUCCACAUGCGCUUUGGUCAACGUGGCAUCGCCGUGAUUUGCAGCCUGUGUCACAUUGCAGCAUACAUCGUUCUCUCGCAGCACCCUCCAUACCCCGUACUGGUUGUGGUCUUUAUCGUUGCUGGGUUCGGCAACGGCGUGGCUGAUGCGGCAUGGAAUGCGUGGAUUGGAAAUCUGAACAGGGCUAACGAGCUGCUGGGCUUUCUGCAUGCAUUUUACGGUGUUGGCGGCACCAUUGGCCCCCUCAUCGCAACCACAAUGAUCACUAAGGGCGGCUUGUCAUGGUACAGCUUUUACUAUGUCAUGAUCGGAAUGUCCGUAAUUGAGCUCGUCACAUGUACAGCGGCGUUCUGGCAUUGCGGAGCCGAGGAAUAUAACCGCGCUAUCCAAGCCAGCAACGAAAAUGCCACCGGCAUGAGGACUGCCCUAUUCUCGAAACCCUACGCCCGCGUCACUUGGAUCGGUGCGCUGUUUCUCCUGGGCUACGUUGGCGCCGAGGUAUCGCUGGGAGGGUGGAUCGUACAGUUCAUGAUCCGCGUCCGUGAGGCCGAGAAUUUCUCCGCUGGCAUGACCUCGGUGGGUUUUUGGCUAGGCUUGACGGUUGGGCGAGCAAUCCUGGGUUUCGUAACCCCUCUGCUCGGCGUGAAGUUGGCGGUCCUGAUUUACGUCCCCGCCGCCAUGGCACUUGAGCUCGUCUUCUGGCUCGUUCCACAGUUUUACGUAUCUGCGGUGGCGGUGGCCCUACAAGGCUUCUUCCUCGGGCCCCUGUUCCCCGCUGUCAUCGUCGUCAUGACGAGGCUUCUGCCCAAGCACCUCCAUGUGAGCGCGGUUGGCUUCGUUGCUGCGGUUGGCGGGAGCGGAGGCGCCCUUUUGCCGUUCGCGACCGGAGCUCUCGCACAAGCGAAGGGCGUCCAGGUCCUUCAGCCCAUCAUCCUCGCCUUCCUGGGUCUUCUUUUGGUUCUCUGGCUUUGUCUGCCGCGCAUUGGGAAGAAGCGGGACUAG